AACGUCAAAAAACAAAAUAUCAUUACAAUUUACAGCCGAGUUAUCUGGACGAAUUCAUUUAGGACACGUGUACUUGCUUUACAAUUAUUGUGUCGGUUGAAUCACGAUUGCUUCAUUGUUUUACAACAAACAGAAAUACGUUGAGUGAUUUUAUAAAUAUCGUUUUGUACUUAACUAAGUGUAAAAAACGAAAUAUGUCUGAAUUUAAGGACUGGUAUAAUAGUGUACCGUUUUUCACUCGGUAUUGGUUGACGUUUACCAUAGUUUUAAGUAUUAUAGGAAGAUUUGGUUUGAUUAGUUAUUAUUACUUAAUAUUAGAUAUCUACCCCUUCAUAAACCAAUUUCAGAUAUGGAGACCAAUCACAGCAUUAUUCUACUACCCAAUAGGGCCGGCAACUGGCUUUCAUUUCUUGAUAAAUUGUUACUUCCUCUACAACUACUCACAAAGGCUGGAAAUGGGGAUGUUCGCUGGCAAACCCGCUGAUUACUUCUACAUGUUGCUAUUCAACUGGCUCUGCUGUGUUAUAAUAGGAUUACUCGUUAAUUUGCCGAUUUUAAUGGACCCGAUGGUGCUAUCAGUUUUGUAUGUAUGGUGUCAACUCAAUAAAGAUGUCAUUGUAUCAUUUUGGUUCGGCACUCGUUUCAAGGCAAUGUAUCUGCCGUGGGUUCUACUUGCAUUCAACCUCGUUAUUAGCGGAGGUGGUGUCAUGGAGUUGCUAGGCAUCCUGAUAGGCCAUUUGUCGUUCUUCCUCUUGUUCAAAUAUCCUCAAGAGUUUGGCGGACCUGCUCUACUCACUCCACCAGCUUUCUUAAAACAAAUCUUCCCGGAUACGAGAUAUGUGGGAGGUUUCGGUAGCGCCCCACAAACUAGGGUGCCCACACGGCCGGGUGGGACAGUCUUUGGAGGACACAACUGGGGCAGAGGACAGACGCUCGGGGGAAAUUGAGACCAAAUAAACAUAUAUAUGAUUAUCGAAUUUUAAUGUAUAUACCAAUGUAACUAUGAACUUACAAAAUUACAAGAAACUUAAGUUUUAAGUUAUCAUGGUCAUUAUUAACACUUACUUAUACGGGUCUUACGGUGUUGUCAAUAUAGUCAACUCAAGUUGCCCUUAACUACUGCAUCUGCAACGUUGUCGAAAUAUCAGGAGUUGGCAAGAUGUCAUUAAGACCCGUCUAAGUAAAUACAAAGAACAUGUAAAAACAGUAAAUGGAAAAUGUUUCUAAUUUUAACGAUCAAUGUGAAGUGAAUCGUGUGUGAUGUGAAUCUUAGAUAUGUAUUUGUUUGUUAAUAAAUAAAAUAAAUAAAGCGUAAUAUUGUAACAACUAAAUUGCAUUUAAAACGAAUGUGGUUAUAAAAUAGCUAUAUAUUUUUGUGUAAAUUACAAAUAAAUGUGUACCCUAUGAGUAUGAAUGAAUGUCUUAAAAAAGUACUUUUAGCCCUUUGUCAAAUACAUGUACUAAAUUUAAAGGCGUGUAAAAUUGACGAGUAAAGUCAUUUUAAAAUUAUAUCGAAUAGUUUUUAUUUUAAGUUUUUUAUCACUGUUAUUAAUACAAAUGUAAUUAACUAAUAGUAA